AGUAAAAUUUCGUUUUGGCAGUGCGUUAGUUUCAUAAGUUUAAGACGUUUGUUCGGUAGAAGUGAUAGUGUUUACUUCCACCUUUGGAUAUUCAGACAUUUGCCGAAGUUUCUAUUGACCGAACGUUAUUGAAUCAAUAAAUGCGUAAUUGUUUAAAGUGGAAGUUAUCUUGGAUUGCAGUGUUCGGGAAUAUCAUACUUAACUGCAUCUGCAAUUUUUGUGGCGAUAAGUGUGUUGGUAUCCCUUCGGGUAUCCUCAAUGUGAAGAUGUUACAUUAUUAUUCGUCAUAAUUAGGAGUACAAUUAUUGUUCAAUUUAGUUCUAAGUGAAACUGAAAAUUUUGCUUUGCCAGGAGGGUGCUAGAAAAAUUAUGUUCUGAUGGAAGAAAAUUAUUGUGUGAAUACUUCCCCGUUUUCGACAAUACCAGUAGUGCUUUUACGAGAUAGGAUUAGUUUGUUUAAACUAUAAUGUCGGGAAAUCACAUGAAUAACGAACAGGAACAUAAAUCGCCCAGGGAAAGUGGCGAAGAUUCAGAAGACGAAAGCGAAAUUCUAGAGGAAAGUCCUUGUGGUAGAUGGUUAAAACGACGCGAAGAGGUUGAACAAAGGGAUGUCCCUGGUAUUGAUUGUGCAUAUCUCGCGAUGGAUACCGAAGAAGGAGUGGAAGUCGUCUGGAACGAGGUCCAGUUCUCCGAACGGAAGAAUUUCAAAAAUCAAGAGGAAAAGAUCCAAAUGAUAUUUGAAAAUCUCACGCAGUUAGAUCACCCAAACAUUGUCAAGUUCCAUCGGUAUUGGACGGAUACACACAAUGACAAGCCUCGGGUUAUCUUCAUCACCGAAUAUAUGUCUUCAGGCUCGCUGAAACAGUUCCUUAAGCGCACUAAGCGAAAUGUGAAGCGAUUACCCCUGCAAGCGUGGAGGAGGUGGUGUACGCAGAUCCUUUCGGCCUUAAGUUACUUGCAUUCCUGUUCACCGCCAAUCAUCCACGGCAAUCUGACCUGUGAUACCAUAUUUAUACAACACAAUGGACUCGUCAAGAUUGGAUCAGUAUGUGUCUCUGCCGCAACCGAUUUUUUUAACGAGAUUGCUCCUGACUCCAUUAACCAUCACGUCAAGACCUGUCAGGACAACUUCAAAAAUAUGCAUUUCAUCGCGCCCGAACAUCCAACGAUAAUGAGCCCCGCAAUAGACAUAUACGCUUUUGGCAUAUGUGCCUUGGAAAUGGCCGCCUUAGAAAUAAUAGGAAACGGAGAGUCUGGGAACAAAGUGACUGAGGAGAACAUUUUGAAGACAAUAGAGCUGUUAGAAGACGAAAGUCAAAAGGAUUUCAUUGAGAGAUGUCUCAGAAAACAUCCCGGCGAGAGACCCACUGCCAGGGAGUUACUGUUCCACCCCCUUUUGUUUGAAGUCCACACCCUCAAGUUAUUAGCUGCCCACGUUUUAGUUGCAAAUUCAGCAAACAUAUCUGAAACAAUUACGGAUGAGCUAAUGCAAAGGUGGUAUGGUCCAGAGGUUGUGGUGGCCGAACUCAGGAAGAAAAGCGGGGACCAGGUCCCAAUUAAAAUGACUGAUGCACCAGUUACUGAAAAACUGGAAAAGUUUGUGGAGGAUGUCAAAAAUGGCAUCUAUCCAUUAACGGCUUUCGGUGCCAAACAGCCCCCUCCGACCCGUUCGCGGGCGAUAUCUCCAGAAAUGGCGGAGUCCGUCAAGUCAGUGACCCCCGAACCGACUGAUGUAGAAACUAGGAAAAUAAUUAAUAUGAUGUGUGAUGUUAAGUCCAAAGAAGAGAGCUGUGAUUUACUGUUGACUAUUGUUUUACGUAUGGAUGAUAAGAUGAAUAGACAACUAACCAGUUCGAUAUCUCCUAGUGAUAACCCCAAAGUGCUAGCGCAGGAAUUAGUACAUUAUGGCUUUGUAAAUGAAGUUGAUCGUGAUAAAAUAGCGACGUUAAUAGAAGAAACGUUGCAAAGUUCGUCUGGUCAUAGUAGUCCUACUCACAAUUUCCAAACAGCAUUAACGGAAACGUUAUCCACGCAGCAACAACCAGUAGUCAAUAGUAUCCCGUCAUUGACGACAGUCAAUAGUGCACCAACUCAAGUGCCCAUGAACUCUACCAGUUAGUAGUUUAUGGACCUUUUGCUGCUGAUAGCACUCAUUAACAUUUUACUCUCAGAGAGUACGGACACUAAUACAUUUCAAAAGAUGAACCCUAACCUAACAUAAAGAUGCAGGGAAUAUUUUUAGAAUACAAUCAAAUUGUUACUGACUCAUUAUUUUUUAUCAGUUGGUAAGAAACAAAUUAAACCUGCUUCUGGCUUGUGAUAAUAUAUUGGCGAAAUUGGGUGUAAGUGUUGACAUUUUUUAUAAGGAGGGUAUAUAUGUAUAUACUAUAAGAUUAUCGAGAAGACUGCGAAAAUGAUAAGUUGGACACUGCGCUAGUCAUUUGACCAUUUUUUAAAUCUGUGAUUGAGUCCCGAUGAAAUUAUCAGCACCGUAUGUACAGAAAGGUCAAGAUGAAGGUGUUGAGUAUCAGAUCGAUCUAAAAUUUCUUGAUGUAAAUUAUCAACUGAUUUUCCCAAUUUUUACGUCGUUUAAUUCAGGGUUGAUUUUUAAUCACUUAUGAACGACGUGAACCUGAUAACCCGGCAUUUUGACUGGCAUAAUUUUGUCCGUACGUUGCUUCUCAUGCUAUAGCGUAAUCGAUUGGCGCUUUUAGCAGUAAGAAAAUUACAUCACGAAUCAUUUUAAAAGAAGAUGUGCCAUUUAGUCAAUUUUUUAUGCUUAAGCGGAAUUUAGCGCCAUUCUAAACCUAAGUAAAUUGGCGAGAAAGCAGUCCUGAGAUCUAUGUCGUUUUUUUAUCGAACGCUUUAAAAAAAUUAACCCUGGUCCUCUCAUUAAAACAUUAAAAAAAAUAUUUUAUUGCAUAUCAAGUGAAUUUUUAUGAAAAAAGAAUCUUGGGUUCAAAUCUGAUUUCUGGGCAAUUUACUGGGUUUUGAGAAACACGCCGCGAAGGCCCCACUUUCGUAGUCCUAGUUUGAACAAUUUAGAUUUUACCCGCAUCCUGUCAAAUAUAUGUAAAAACAAACAUAUGAAAUGUCUUUCGCUUCCGUUUUCUGAUCCAAAUACUCGUCGCGAAUAAUCAUCAUUAUUUGCCUCUUGAGACUGAUAUAACUAAAUAAAAUAUUUAGAGACGCAAAACAUUGUAACAAGUAGCAUUUAGUCGCUAUUAAGGCAGGACCAAAUAGAGGACUACAGUUUGACCAAAUUUGAUGGCGCAAAAAAUGUUGUGCUCUGGCAAAACACUAAAUGGUUUCUAUUCUUUACCUAUAGAUACUGACAUUUCAGGUUCCUGCAGAGUAUUACUUCUUCAUUAAUAUUUCGAAAGUGUAUUUUUUUUGUUUUAUUAUUGGCUAAUAUAUAAAGUUUGGUUCUAUUGACUUUGCCAUUUAUCCAACAGUUUCAAACAUUUACUUUUGCUAGCUUUACUUGUUUUGAUUUUACAACUGUUAAUAUUUUGCUAAAAAAUCUGAUAACACUUUCCUCUCCAAGUGUUGUCUCAAUUCCUGUUUUCACCCAUCAUGCUCUGUGUAUAUUGGACAAUUUUUCGUUCACUUAAGAAUUUAAACUGAAAAUAUAUUAUCUAUAGGUGUUGCUUGUUUAAAUGUUGCAACGUUAUUUAUACCAGGGUUAAUCAUCUUCCAUCCCUGUAAAUGGUAUGGCGUAAUUAACACGUGAAAACGAAAUUUAGUGUUUUAAAUUGGCAUACAUAUACAUAUACAAGGCAUUUUGAAGCUCGCUGCCAACGAAGAAAUAAAUCAUUUAUGGCCUAUGAAUUAAAAAAAAAAAUCAAAGAAUGCAAGCGAUGUUUCGUCUAUGAGAUUUAUAGAAUGAUAAGCUUUGAUCUAUGUCGUAUAGCUACUUUUUUUAAUAAUUUCAUAAAAAAAUACGUUUUUUCAGGGUCAAAUUGGAAAAUAAGAUAAACUAAUAAAUAUUUGUUAUAACCAAUUGGAAAAGUAAGUAAAUUGUUCACGAGUGUUUUUUUGUUUUGUUCUGUAUGGCAUUGCGACAUAGACCUUGGCCAGGGGUAGUUUUGAAAAUUGAUAAGGUCAAAUCAAAAGUAAUAUAUUUUAAGUUAGAUUUUAUAUUUAUAGAACUGUUAUUAUGUUUAAAGACGCUUCAAAGUAUACAUACACAUAUUGUGAAUUAGAAUGUAAGGAUUAAAGUUGUUUUUAUUACUUUUGGAGUAACAUUAUCAAAAUUCAAACACUGCUGCUCUUUAGUUAAUGACUUGUAUAUAUAAUUAACUAAUGUAAAUGUAUGAAAGUGUAGAUAUUAAAUUUUUUAUUGAAAAUGUGUAGAAAAUAAAAAAAUAAUACACCUAUUAUUUAUUUGUAACUUUUUUUUGUUUUGAGAAAGUAGAGCUUCAUUAGAGGUCUCUGUGUGAUAUUGAGCUCAAACCAUUGUAUAAGAUUAUAGAAAUCGUAAGUGCCACUGGUACUGCCAAAAAUAUUUUUAUUUAAUUUGUAGGCAACUGAUUAUUGUUUUAAUAAAGUUUUUAAGAAAUUAAUUAAAUUGGCUUUCAUAAUUAGUUUGGUUCUGCUAAACACUUACUAAUUUUUGGAGAUGGUUGAGAAUUUAAAAUAAUUUGGUUUAGUAAAAAUUCCUAGUCCUCUUUGUGCAUAGAUUUUGAGUAUUUUGAUUUUGUCCUUGUCCUGUGCAACAAAGAAAUCUACUACUGAGUUUUAAAACAGAAAACGAAUGUAAGAAAUUGAUCACAUUCCAGAUACUUUUGGGAAAGUUUUUAUAUGAAUACAAUGCAAUAUCACAACUUUAUCGAAUAUUUAGUUUAUGUCCAUAGGAUUUAGCUUUUUGAUUUCUGAUAUUUACAUCUUAGUUAUUAUUUAUUUUCUCAUUUCUGUUGCAAUAUUCUGACAGUCUAACUGUUUAAUUGGCGACUGAAAAGUUCUUUUUCAAAUUAUGGUCAUUUUGUUGGGAACAACUAAUGGGAGAGUGGUAUAGUCUACCUAAAAAGUGCCCUGUAAGAAUUUAAUAAAAAUUUAAAAACAUGUGAGGUAGGUGAAACAAUUUUUUUUCUAAAGACUUCAAACAACAACGCGGGUUUUUAAUUUUCAUUUCUGAAAAAUAACAGAAAAUAUUUCUGGCAGUAUCUUGUUCUAUCAGAAAGUAAUGCUUCUGGAAUUAACGCCAAUAAAUUUGUGAUUCUUCAUUUUACUUCAUAUGUUGCAUUAUUUAUUGGUGCUAAAGAUGGAUGGUCCUUUAAUAUGUUGAUUAUCUAAUUUUGCUGUCUUCAGUCUAUGACUAUAUAAAUAAA